CCUGCGCUGCGUUUGCGUCCCUUCCCUCUUUUGCGUCUCGGGCUUUCCAUGCUCGUCAUCACGCCAAUAAGCCCUUCCUCCUAAACAAAGCCCUACUCCAAUCCCCUUACCGCCUCCCCAAUGGCCCUCCUCCCCUUCAUGAUGGCCGCCAUCCUUCUCGCGCUCACUGCGGAGGCCGCGACCGACCCAAACGACGCGGCCGCAAUGCACGCUUUCGCGAAGGCCAUUGGCGCCGAUUCUGCCCUAAACUGGUCGCCAACCUCCGAUCCCUGCACCCAGUGGCCAAAAGUCAAAUGCCAGGGCGAUAGGGUUUCCAUCAUCCAGAUCGGAAACAUCAGCAACCUCUCUGGUACCGUUCCCCCCGAGGUCGGUAACCUCACCUCGCUCCAGCGCCUGGAGCUUCAGUACGUGGGCCUUACUGGGCCCCUCCCCUCCCUAAAAGGCCUCGUCCUUCUCAACGUUCUCCUCCUUAACGACAACAAAUUCUCCUCAAUCCCUCCCGACUUCUUCGAUGGCCUCUCGGCCAUCACCGUCGUCAACAUCGACCGCAACCCCUUCUCAUCGUGGGCGAUCCCGACGACGUUAAAAGAAUGUUCUUCCCUUCUCAACUUCUCGGCCAACGACGCCAAUGUCACCGGCGGAGUACCGGACUUCUUCGCCAGUGCAUUCCCUGCCCUCAACCAUCUGGGUCUAGCCAACAAUUUGCUUGGAGGUCAGAUUCCCGAGAGCUUUGCGAGCUCAGGGAUGAAAUCACUGUGGCUGAAUGGUGCGGGGUUGAGCGGCGGAGUCCAUGUCAUUGCUGACAUGACUAAUCUGAUUGAAGUUUUCCUGCAGUCAAAUUCAUUGACAGGCCCAUUGCCUGAUUUUUCAAGAUUGAAUAGCCUGCAGCAGUUGAAUUUGAGGGAUAAUCAGAUUACAGGUAUCGUGCCCAAGUCGCUGACGGAGUUGAAAUCUCUGCAGACAGUGGUUCUGACAAAUAAUCUGCUGCAGGGUCCGGUGCCCGUGUUUGGCAAGGGAGUGAAUUUGGAUCUUUUGCCUGACAGAGAGAGCUUCUGUCAUGAUUCCAGCGAUGAGUGUGACCCCAGAGUGACUGUUCUGUUAUCCAUUGCUAGUUCUUUCAGGUAUCCGGUGAAGUUUGCGCAGAAUUGGAAGGGUAAUGAUCCUUGUGCGAAUUGGAUCGGAAUCUCUUGCGAUCAGAGUGGGAAUAUUAUCGUGGUCAACUUUCAGAAGAUGAAUCUUAGUGGUGUAAUCUCGCCCGAUUUCAUGUCACUUGGGUCUCUUCAGAAGUUGAUUUUAUCAAAUAACAACUUGACUGGCACUAUACCAUCUGGUCUUGUUAAUCUGAAGGCUCUUAAACUGUUGGAUGUAUCGAAUAACACAAUUUUUGGGCAAGUGCCGAGCUUUAGUAGUAAUAUUGUAGUGAAUACUUAUGGGAAUCCUAAUAUAGGGAAGGAUAUGCGUGGUCCUCCUGGUCGUUCAGCUCCUGGUUCAUCUCCUGAUAGUAGCAGUGGUGGAAAAUCUAAUGCAGGAGUAAUUGUGGGUUGUGUAAUUGCAGGAAUUUUUGUGAUUGUUAUCGCUGGGUCGUUGUAUUUCUUUUAUAGGAAGAGGAAAGAAGCAAAAUUGGAUAAAAUUCAGACGCAUGGCAUGGUGAUCCACCCUCGCCAUUCUGGGUCUGAUGCUGAGUUGCUUAAGAUAACUGUUGCAGUGAAUGAGAAUGAGACUACAAGCAAUACAGGGAGUGGACGUGUUAAUUUUCAAGUAGUGGAGCCUGUAAAUUUAGUAAUAUCCAUCAAUGUUCUGAGGGCCGUGACUGAUAAUUUUAGCGAGGAUAAGAUUUUGGGACGUGGAGGUUUUGGGACAGUCUACAAGGGAGAGCUUGAUGAUGGUACCAUGAUUGCUGUUAAGAGAAUGGAGUCAGGAGGUGCACUGAGUUCAAAGGGACUGAAGGAGUUCAAAUCAGAGAUAUCAGUCCUCACCAAGGUUCGUCAUCGUCAUCUUGUGUCUUUGCUUGGAUAUUGCCUUGAAGAGAAUGAAAGAAUGUUAGUCUAUGAAUACAUGCCUCAAGGAACACUUAGCGACCAUCUUUUUGAUUGGGAGGUAGCAGUGAUGAAACCGUUGGAAUGGAAGAUGAGAUUGUGCAUCGCAUUGGAUGUUGCGAGAGGAGUUGAGUACUUGCACAGCUUGAUGAACGAGAGUUUUGUACAUAGGGAUUUGAAGCCCUCUAACAUACUCCUUGCGAAUGAUAUGAGAGCCAAAGUUGCGGACUUUGGCCUUGUGAGGCUUGCACCAGAGGGGAAACAGUAUUCACUCGCAACCACACUUGCUGGGACUUUUGGUUAUGUUGCUCCUGAAUACGCAGAAAUGGGGCGUGUAACAACUAAAUCUGAUGUCUUCAGCUUCGGAGUAAUCCUAAUGGAGCUAAUCACAGGCCGAAAGGCUCUUGAUCAGAGCCGACCAUCUGAUAGCACUCAUCUCAUCACUUGGUUUAGGAAAAUGCAGAUCAACAGCGAGUUUACCAAAGCCCUUGACCCUGCAAUCGACCUUAAUGAUGACGAGAUAUCCCUGAGUGUUAACAUUGUAUCUGAUCUUGCUUUCCACUGUUGUGCUCGAGACCCUCAACAAAGGCCCGAUAUGAGCCAUGUUGUCAGCAUCCUAUGUCCGCUUGCUGAGAAAUGGAAGCCUAGUCAGAAUCUAGAUGAUGAAUAUGGAAUUGAAACCAGUAAGAGUUUGCCUCAAGUACUUAAAGAAUGGGGUAUUGGGAGUAAUAUUAUGAACGCUGGAUCUUUAAAGAGGAAUACAAUGGGAAGCAUGUAUCACAAUACCCAGGAUAGUGUUCCUCCAAACCCAAGGGACUUGCCUCAAGCUAGGUGAAGAGAAGGAGAAUGGAGAUGUGUUUUAGUUGGGAUUUUCAUUUCUCUAUUCUUUGCUUUUGAACCUUGAUUGUCUUUGUAGAUGGUUAGCGUAUUGAGGUUUCAGUUGAUGGAAGGUUUUAAGGAAGAAUUUUUUAAUAGGAACGUACUGGCUUUUCCUUUUGCCCUUAUGCCCUUUUGUUCUUGCUAUUGGAUAUAAAUCGGUUUAUGUUUGAAAGCGUAUCGAGUGCAGGCUUUGUCCUUUUGUACUA